GUGAGGGAAGAGGGAGGGAAGGGGUGAGAACCCGGUCCUGGGGCGCUGCCGCCAUUUCCCACGGCAACGGCGAUGGAGGCCGGUGGUUUUUCCCUCCGUGUUUCCAUGACAGAAGUUGGAAUGUGGCACAAAAAGCAGGGAAACUGAAGAUCCCCCAAGGCACAGAAGUACCAGAGGCAGCAGCUGGAGCAGGGUCAUGAUUUUUGGCCACCCAGCAGAGAAGAUCCAAGGGAAUAUUCUCCCACUGACAUUCCCAAGGGCUUUGCCAGUGAUUGACUCUGGAACAGUCAGGGCCAGACAACCUUUAGCAACCACAGGAACUGAAGAAAAGAAAACACAAAAAUAUGGCAAAAAGAGGAUGGGAAAUAAGAAAAAAGGUCAGUGUCUCUUCCCCCAAGAUGAUAAAAAGUGCCACUUUGCUCUCAACACAGGAGGAAGAACAUUCCCAGCUCCAAAGACACACCAUUGCUCCUGCUUAACCCUGCAGAGCAACGUGACCUCCCAGGAUAAAAAUGCAGGGGCUCAGAGGAUCUCAUCAGCCAGGCUCCACAAAAUCAAGGAGCUGAAGAACGAAAUAUUCGACUUGCAGAGAAAAAUAGAAGCCUCCAGCUUAGAGAACCACGCCCUGAGGCAGCUCCAGUGGAGACAGUCCAAAGCAAUAGGGAGGUACAAAAGCUCAGAGAGUUACUUUGAGGAUCUUGCAGCCAGACAUUAUGAUGAGGUGAGGAAUUUAAGGGACCUCCUGAGGAUGUCCCAGGAAUCUGAGAGGAACACCUCCAAGGAGCUCAGGAAAGUGGAAGCAGAGCUGCUGAAAGUUAAAGAUGCUCUGCAGGCCUUGCUGGUGCUGUCAGAAGACAAAGGUCUGGCAGGGAGAGAGGAACUUCAUCACAGGCUGUCAGUCCUCACUGAAAAACUGGAAGCAAAGGAUGAGGAAAUACAGAGUCUUGAAAUGCAGCUGAAGCUGAACAACAACACCUUUAAUCGUCAGCUGGCAAGUGAGAGCAGAAAGGCUCUGGAAGCUGGAAUAAUCACACAGAAUUUGAAAAUGGAAAUUAACUCCCUGCACCAAAAAAUUAAGGAAAAGGAUAGGCAGCUUUAUAUAAAAAAUAUCUAUGCAAAUAGGAUGCCCAAAACCCUGAAGGACAGGAUUGAUUUGGUACCUCAGGAGCAAAGUCUGAGUGUAAACAGAGCAGUACAAGUAGAUAAAGAGAGUUUCAGAGCACUGCUGCUGUCACAGCACCAGGACACAGAAAAAAGCCCAAUCCAGCUCAUAAAGGAGAAAAAGUCUUCAGAAGACAAGGAUGAAGAAGCUGCAGCAAAUGAAGUGAACUCAGAUGCUCAGAGAACAGAAAAUCAAUCAACCAAGAAAACACUGGUGCCAAAAACUUCUAACAGAGCACACAGAGGAUUUGUGAAAGAAAAGGAAAAAGAGACAGAAUUGCUGAAACAGGAGUUGAAAAACCUCAUGAAAACUGAACAAGGUCCUCAAAGUGAUGGUGUAAAAGACAACAAUCAAGAGGGAGAUGCAGUAGAAGCAUCUGAAAAGGGAGAAAAGCCAGAAGAACAGCAAAUUAACAGUGGGAAGGAAGGGAAGGAAGGUACAAUUCCACACAAAACACCCGUCAGGCCGAAAAAAAAAUACACAUUCUCAGAAGCCAUUGAGAAUUUGCACCAGGGGCUUCACACAUCAGGUAGAAACCCCAAAGCAGGGAGCCAGGGACAGGCAGGGCAGGGCUGCACUGAAACAGCUGAAUCCAGAGGGAAAAAUUCCUUUGGGCUCUACGAGCCAUCCUUUGGUAAAGACACCAAGCCCAGGCAGGAGGACGGAGCCGCCGGAGCGGAAGGACGUGCUCACGUGGCGUUCGCUGAGAGGAAAAAACAGCUUAUGAAAGAACUCUUUGGAGCAGGAGCUGCUCAGAGAGACAACCCUUCGAGUUCCAACACGAGAGGAACAAAAUGCAAGGAUGCAGGAUGAGGCACAGGCCAAAUUCCAAACCUCCACGGCGAGUUCGUCACGGGAAGCGCCCGACGGGAACAAACUG